GCAGUGUUUCUACGCCUCCUGGAGAAUGUACACACUCACGCCAAGUUUUCUUCUUCUGCCAAUCUUUACAGCGGUCAGAUCUCAAUCCUGUGGACAGGACAGUAAAGUUUUGGGGAACUGGUUUCUAGAACACGGAUCCCCUGACCUACUUCUUCCACCCUAUCCACCGUUGAUUGGGCCUUUACUUCAUGAUCCAUAUAGAAACAGUCGUCGGCUGAAACCCCCUCCAACUCCAAAUCCAAGAGAGGUUUGUGGAAUGCAAUGGUCUUCAGAGAAGAACCACGAGGGGAAACACAAAUAUAGACUUAGGUUAGGGACUAGAGGUAUUAGAGGGAAUAUAGAACGGAGGGAAUAAUAGAAAAAUAUA